GCCAAUUCCCGAUCUUAUCGGAUAUUUGUUAGCUCAAGUGCUGUGCUCUACAGUUAUUAAAUAAUUCUUCAGGCACCAGGAUCUAUUCGUGAUAUCUAGAGGAGCUAGGAUUAUAUCAAUAAUAAAACAGUAAUAGUAAAAUGGUAAAGGAACUUACAAUAGACACAGAACAAAAAGGAUAUACAUUACACGAGAAAGCGACUGAAGUUCCAACACGCAGAUCAUACCCACAGCAGUUUGAAAUUGUUUUUAAUGCGCUGCGAGAAAAGUGUAUUGAACAACAUUCAAAAGAUCCGAGCCCUAUAAAAGAUGGUAUUUACUGUAACAGAACAAUGGAUCAUUGGGGAGGUUGUUGGCCAGACACGUAUCCAGGACAAUUUGCACAAAUUCAGUGUCCAGAUAUAAUUACCUUUGACACAAACUCCGUUGCAUAUAGAGAAUGUACUGCGAAUGGAACAUGGUACGUGAACCCUAAAACAGGAAAGACUUGGGCAAACUAUUCAAUGUGUUUACGAAAGGUUCAAGUCACUGACGACAUCAAUUACAUCUACAUAUUCAUCGGAGGAUUUGUCUUGUCAUUAUUGAUGCUGAUUAUUUCUCUUGGUAUAUUUAUACGCUUCAAACAGUUGCGCUGUGACAGGAUAAGUAUUCAUAAAAAUUUGUUCCUUUCCUACAUCUUCACGGGGAUGUCAUGGAUCUUUUAUUACGUUCUUGCUGCACUCGAUGGAAACGUUAUGCUAUCAAAUCCAAUAUGGUGCCAGGUGCUACAUGUCAUUUGUCAGUAUUUUGUUGUAAGUAACUUCAUGUGGAUGUUCUGCGAGGGACUUUACCUUAAUACAAUCAUGGUGUUUGCCUUUAAUUCAGGCAAAAGGCUAAUAAUAUCUUGUUAUGGUAUAGGAUGGGUAUUUCCACUGAUAUUAGCAUCUUUGUAUGCCAUGAUAAGAGGAAGCGAUAAAACAUCUACUGCAGCAUGCUGGAUGAGUGAAAGCAAUUUACAGUGGAUUAUGUACGGACCAAUUGUUCUAUCUUUAUCUAUCAAUGUUCUUUUCCUGGCUAACAUAGUUCGACUUCUUGUUACAAAAUUACGUCAAAUGCCAGAUGCCAAUCAAACGAGAAAAGCUACUCGAGCGACGCUAAUAUUGAUUCCACUAUUAGGUUUACAGUACCUUUUGUUCCCUGUAAGACCAGAAACUGGUUCACCGUUAGAAAAUUUUUACCACAUAGCAAUAGCACUUUUGAUUUCUUUACAGGGUGCUUUUGUGUCAUUGAUGUACUGUUUUUGUAAUAGUGAGGUAUUACAAUUAUUAAAACGGAAGUGGAGCCAGCACAGAUUAAUGCGUUCUGGGAAAUUACUACGCUCAACUUCUACACAUAUAACAACUUAUACUACAAUCGACCCUGCUACGAAUGUGACUUCUACGUACUGCAGCACUGCGAGACUAAACGAGCCUGCUGUUGAACUGUCAAGAUUCGAAAAUGGAGUUUGAAGAACACAAAACAAACAAGACUAUUCGCAAGACACAAUCAAACUCUAAAAAUGUAUUUGAACCCACGGCCAUUUUAAAAUGAUGGAGAUAUAUUUAGUACAGACGUUAUUGAUACAAAAGCGCAAAGCCAAAAUACCUCUUGUCAGGUGUAAAUAUUAUAUGAAAGCUCUAGUAUUUAUCUAGUGUGAAUGAUGCAAUAAAACAAUGAAAGCUUUGUGUUGCUUAAAGGCAACAUGCUAUUAAAUAGGGCAAUGCCAUGCUUUUGUAAGCGUUCAUGUGAGCAAGUGUCAAACAAACAAACAAAUGUAUUAUUUCAAGAUC